AUGAGUUGGGGGAAGGAGUUCGUGGUGGGAGGAUUCAAGGGGAAGGCCGGCGUCAUCUCCGACUACCCCCUCGACACCCUCAAAAUCAGGCAACAGCAUUCCAAAAUCGAUGGUUCUACCUUGGGCAUCCUCCGCAAGACCUUCGUUGCUAAGGGACCCACUGCCCUUUACCGCGGCAUGGGCGCGCCCCUCAGCUCUGUCACUUUUCAAAUCUAUACAGUGCUGUCACGAGCAUUUGAUUCCUCCGUUGCAGCUGAAGAGCUUCCCUCUUACAAAGGAGUUGCCCUAGGGGGAAUUGGAAUAGAGGCCUUGUAG